CUUGCAGGGACUCUUGUGGAGAGGAAGGUGCUAGAGUACCUUCAUAUUAAAUGAGGAUGAGGACAAGUGAAGAAACCCCCUUGAAGAAGGUGAUGACUACCCAUGAUAUUUCUUUUUCUCUUACAGAGGCUGCCCCUACUUUUAAUUGUGAUUUUGGCAGUGGCUUUCUUCAAUUGUCACCUCACAUUUCUUGAGUAUGUAAAUUAUAUAGUGAUACUUUUGUAAAUGCAUUACAUCUUUCACAGCUCAAAGUUAUUUUCCAAUUUGCAAACUUCUACUUUUGUCAACAAGUUUUAUAUAUGUAUCCGGAGUAGGUGAUUUUGUAAAAAAUGACCAAUUAAUUAUUUGUAAUUAACCUUUUCCUCCCGGUCAUUUGUGUGUUUUUACCUUUUUAAUUUCCGAAUCAAGUAAACGAUACUAGACUCGGUCUAGUAUAGUUUACCCGGUUAGGUAAUUUACACCAUCUUUUUGGCGCCGACUGUGGGACCGUUAAGGUUUCUUUUCAUCUAAACACAAACCUACCCACAAAAACACCACUCAAAAUGUCUUCAAGCCAACAAAUCAACGCUACUUCUGCUCAAGUGCAAGCCACCGCUGAGGGGGCCACCAUCCCCAUGGUUGCUACCCAACCGGCUAUCUCGGCUCCAGUGGCGCCAUUGGGAUUAAGUUCAACCCCAACACCAAGCGUGGUCACCCCGUUCACAAUUCUUGUCCCUUCUGCUGGACCGAGCAUGACCCAGUUCAUGAGUGACCCGGCCAACCUACAGGCCAUCCAAGGCUUUGGCCAGGUCAUGGCCAUGUGUCAGCAGAAUGGGGGAUGCCAUUCCUCCCAGGCAUGUUUCCAUUCGCCCUUCCAGGCGCUGGAACGAUGCCCCUUCAAACUCCAAUGGCAGUGUCACCAAUCCAGACGCCAGUACCACAACCAUCACCUUUCCAGCCGCAGUUGGUCAGCACUGUGCCCCCCCGUCAAUUUGACUGGUGCGCUUAACGCCGCUGGGCCAUCACGCCCUCCGCAGGGUACAAAUCCACAAAUCACUCCUGAUGGUUAUUGCGUCUCGGUUGAGAGCGGUGACGAUGAGUGGGACAUUCCCAGGACCCACAAAAAGAAGAAAGGAAAAACCAUCCGACAAGCAAUAUCCCGAAACUCUGCCUUCGAAAGGCUUGGAGAUAGGGAAGAGGGUCAGAGGAAGUCGGCCAAGCUGAGACUAGGACAGAGCAUUGCCCAUGUUAGCGUGUUCGCCCGAUUUGGCGAAGGGAGGGAGUUCGAGCCUGCCCGUACCCAGCGCUCCUGGUCGAACCGGCAUUUGCCUGCGAAGACAAGGGCUUCCCGCCAAGAAGAAGAAGCGGAAAGUCAGCCCCGUGGACCGGUGAUUAAUUGGCUAACCAUGCCGAAUGAUCGCGUCCAGAAAAUGGAGGCGAAACUGAAGAGGUUGGAGAAGAAAGUGGGGGAGAAGAGUGACCGGGAUAAACCCCUAGCCGGGUCCCCGUUCACUACAAGGGUCCAUCUGACACCUUUCCCGUGAAAGCAAGAAAGAAAAAAGAAAUCCAGCAGCUUCUCCUUGUUCAAUAACGCAAGCAGUGCAAUAGGCGGACCAGAGCUCCGAUCUUCAACGUCUCUCCGCCAAAUUCCUUCAACGCUCCAACGAUCCCCUACAUUUAUCGCUAGAAUCAAUUACCAACGGGAAGAAAUCAACAGAACAAUCCUUCGGCUAUAAAUUGAAGACAAAUCACAGCUGAACAAAGGGGGGAUCCACAC